UGAUGUACUCCAGACGGCUAGCUGUUUCGAAAAUGAAACUGGCUUACCUCUGACUUUGAUAGGUAAAGACGAGAAAACGAAAAUAAAACGCUUCUUUAAAAAAUUUCAGGCGAUUCACUCUUGCGGCCGGACACAGCGGAGGCUCAAGACACAAACGCGGGAUAUGUUCAGCAAAUACCAUACCAGUUCGGGGCGUGUUGUACUGGAAUGGAGUCUGUAGCAGCAAGUUUGACAACUCGGUGAGACUGAAGCUGCUGUCGGUAUGGCGCACUUUGACACAGAAUACCAGCGCCUGGAGGCAUCAUACAGCGACUCUCCCCCGGGAGAGGAGAACCUGUUGAUGCAUGUGCCUGAAGGAGUUAAAUCUCAAUGGCACCACAUAGAAAACCUGGACCUGUUUUUCCAGAGAGUCUAUAAUCUGCAUCAAAAGAAUGGAUUCACUUGUAUGCUGCUCGGAGAGAUCUUUGAGCUGGUUCAGCUGCUGUUUGUGGUUGGCUUUACAGUGUUCCUUGCUAACUGUGUGGAUUAUGACGUCCUCUUUGCCAACAAGUUUGUAAAUCACACCGAUUCAUCUAAAGUCACCUUGCCAGAUGCAUUCCUCCCAGUGGAUGUCUGCAGUGCAAGAAUCCGAAACAAUGCAUUUGUGAUCUUUGUGCUGAUAAUCUCCGGGGUGUUUUGGCUACAUCGGCUCUUUAAAUUCAUCUACAAUGUGUGCUGUUAUUGGGAGAUCCGAUCCUUCUACAUCAACGCCCUUAAAAUGACCAUGUCAGAGCUCCCCUAUGCAACGUGGCAGGAGGUUCAGGCCAGGAUUGUUGAGAUCCAGAAGGAACAUCAGAUCUGCAUCCAUAAAAAGGAGCUGACAGAGCUGGACAUUUACCACCGCAUCCUCCGCUUUAAGAAUUACAUGGUUGCCAUGGUGAAUAAAUCACUCCUUCCUGUGCGAUUUCGACUUCCUGUACUUGGGGAGUACGUGUUUUAUACUCGGGGUCUCAAAUACAACUUUGAGCUCAUCUUCUUUUGGGGACCAGGCUCCCUGUUUGAGAACGAGUGGAGCCUGAAACAGGAGUAUAAGAGGGGAGGGAACAGGCUUGAGCUUGCAGACAGGCUAGCCUCUCGUAUCCUGUGGAUCGGCAUUGCAAAUCUGCUGCUGUGUCCAGUCAUUCUUGUGUGGCAGAUCCUUUAUGCCUUUUUCAGUUAUACUGAGGUGAUCAAGCGAGAGCCUGGCUCUCUGGGGGCGAGAUGCUGGUCUCUGUAUGGUCGAUGUUAUCUGCGUCAUUUCAAUGAGCUGGACCACGAGCUCAUGUCACGCCUCAGCAAAGGCUACAAGGCUGCAUCCAAGUAUAUGAACUGUUUCCUUUCACCACUGCUCACAGUGGUUGCCAAAAAUGUGGCAUUUUUUGCCGGGUCUCUUUUGGCCGUUCUCAUCGCCCUGACCAUCUAUGAUGAGGACGUUCUUGCAGUGGAGCAUGUGCUCUCAUCAAUCACACUCCUUGGAGUGUGUAUCACAAUCUGCAGGUCAUUUAUUCCUGAUAAACAUAUGGUGUUCUGCCCUGAGCAGCUGUUGCGGGUCAUUCUGGCUCAUAUCCACUACAUGCCUGAUCACUGGCAAGGCAAUGCACACAGAUACGAGACCCGAGACCAGUUCUCCCAGCUGUUCCAGUACAAAGCAGUGUUUAUUCUAGAGGAGCUGUUAAGUCCAGUGGUGACUCCCAUCAUCCUCAUCUUCUGUCUAAGGAGAAAGUCUUUGGAGAUCAUUGACUUCUUCAGAAACUUCACUGUGGAGGUGGUUGGGGUGGGAGACACCUGCUCCUUUGCUCAGAUGGACAUUAGGCAGCAUGGACACCCUGCGUGGAUGUCAGAGGGGAAGACAGAGGCAUCUAUCUAUCAGCAGGCAGAGGAUGGGAAGACGGAGUUAUCGCUGAUGCACUUUGCCAUCACUAACCCCCAGUGGCAGCCUCCUCGAGAGACCACACACUUUAUCAGCCAGUUGAAAGAAAGAGUUCACAGAGAAGCCACAGGGGCUCCUUCAGACACACAUCCAAUGUCUCUGUCAGAGUCUGAGCCACGGAGUCUCAUUGCAAACCUCUUGACAGGUCCCUCCACACUGGCCUCAGUUCAUUUUGACCGGGAUAUUUCUUUAGCAAAUCAUGCAGCAGCUGGCAUAAACGAUGGGGGGUCCGCCUUACGCUCUCUUUCACCAAUUAGCAGCAGCCUCCACUUGAGAGGCAGCUUAAGUGCAGCUCACAGGGCUGCUGGCCAUACUAGCAGAACAAUGGCAGGCUCAGGGACCGACGCUCGAACUGUGAGCUCAGGCAGCAGCGCAUGGGAAGGUCAGCUUACAAGUUUGGUCCUAUCAGAGUAUGCCUCCACUGAGAUGAGCAUCCAUGCACUUUAUAUGCAUGAGCUCCAUAAACAGCAGUCUCGUGGCGAGAUGUCCCGCCAUACCUGGCACAGACAGGAGAGCGAUGAAAGCAGCGACAGCAUCCCAGAUGAAGUAAGGAGCGAACCCAUUCCCCAUUCAAGAAAUUUCCCUCGAUCGCACACUUUCCCCACCACAGUUCCCAGUCCUAGUGCCAUUCCCACUUCAGCUUCAGCCACCAGCAGCACCGCUCUGGGCCAGGAGAGGCCAACAGCACAGAGCAGCAGUCAGAGACACCACAGUGGACCUACAACUGACCCGUUUGGUACAGGGGUAAAGAUAGUGAGGUCAGCACGUGUGCCAAUGGGGGGAUGGGCAGAGGAUGGUCAAACAGCGCAACGACACCAUGAACCACUACCAGAGGAGAGUUUAGAGGAUGAAAUGCCUCCUCACAUACACAAGGUUACAUAAUCAAGCCAUGUGAAUACCUGCAUCUGCCCUUCUAUAGAGCCCACAACAUUGAUCCUCAUCCAGACCCUUUUCCAGGACUGAACAUCUGAUCUGACAUAAUGCAAAAGCAGUAAAACCAUCUGAACAGGUUUAGAUAGUUAUUGCCUUUGGUCAUUCGAAUACUUUGUGACUUUGCGACAUCAAUGAUAUAUUUAACAGGCAUUUGGAGUAAACGUGUUUAUCAGAAGAGGACCUUCAGGAUCAAGUUAUUUCUAAUAGCCACUGUGCACAUCAGAUUACACUACACAUAUUUAACAUCACGUGGGAUGAAAGUGCGUAUGCUGUGGAGACACAGUGCUUGUGAACACCAAGCACUGCUGGAAAGUAAAUAGUUUGCCCAAACCAGACCACAGGAGUCCGGACUGUGCUGUCGACCACUUUUGCAAACAUGAUAACAUGAAAUAAAGAAAAUGAAGAAUGUCUCCAUAA